AUGGUUUGGACUGUAUCCUAUGGGUUCUGGCGUGAUACUCAAAAAACACUAAUUACCUAUAUUGAGAAGGUUGAGAAUGGUAAGAAGACUUAUAUUAGUAACAAGAAUGUUACUAUUAAAACUUUUACUGAUGGUAACUGUACUGAUGCUACUCCUGCUCAGAUUACCGGUAAUGGCAAUAUUACUCCUGCUAAUAAGACUGAAGAUCCUACUCUUGAAAUUACUGGUAUUACUGGUACUAUUACAAAAGCUGCUACCGGUACUGCUACUGUUCCUUAUGGUCAUAUACUUACUGAUACUUUUGAUAUGAGUAAAGUACAUUGGGAAAUAAUCUCUCCUACACUUAUGGCUAUUGUAGGUAUGGGAUUAGUGUAUAUGGGUAACUGGGGAACAUAUCACAAGAAGGCUUGUAAAGGCAGCACUGCUCCUGUUCCUGAUAAAGGUACCACUGAAAAAUGUGAAUGCAAAGGUAGUCCAAGCAGCACAAGUACCAGUGCUACACUCAGGGUUCAUAAUACUACUAUCGAAGCUGCCACCGGUGGUCUUGAAGCUAUUGCCACAAUCACAGCCACCGGUACAAGUGGUGCAUAUAAUGGUGACAUAGAAAGUAUCACAGCAACUAAUCUCAGCAAAUCCGGUACCCUGACCAAAGAAACUAAGCUCCAGGUUGGUGAAAUACUGAAACUCACAGGUGGUACUGCUAGUACUGCUGCUGAUGCCAAGAGGAUUGAAGGUACCAUAAUAGUUACCAAGGAUGGAACUCUUGGAGGCAGCCUAACUCUCAAAGGUCAUAUAGACGGAACACUAAACCUCAGUAAUGGUAGUACUAAUACUAUAAAAGUAACCAAAGAAGGUGGUAGUCUCAAUGCCAGCACUCUUACUCUUCAAGGUAUCACUGUAAGUACUGGUGGUGGUCUUAAUGGUACUGCAACCAUGACAAUCACAUCAGAUGAACAUGAUCUCACAACCAUAACUGAUCAGGUUAACAUAACAGUCAGUAAACUAACCAAAGACAAAGUCAAAAUUCUCGAAGCUGAUAAUGGUCCACUCAAGAAAAAUACUGGACUGCAGUCCAAUGAUACUCUAAACCUGCAAGGUACUGCCACAGCCAAUAGUGGUACCAUCAAGGAUCUCAAGGUCACUGGUAUCAUCACAAUCACUGGUACUGGAAAACUCUCAGAUGGUCUUCGAUUCGAAGGUGAUGUCACUGGUAAUCUGACCCAGUUCGAAGAUGCUACUGAUGGUGGUGUAACAGUCAGUGGUGAUGGUACUCUAACCCUCACUACUGAUAAAUUUAAUGCUCUCAAAAAUACUAACUUCAGUCUCACUAGUGAUAGUAAACGUGCUCUUACCUCUACUCUGGUUACCAAAUCCAGAAUAACUAUAGGAUACAAAACCAAUCCUACUAAGGUCAAUCUCAAAGAACUUUCACUAGUACCUGUAUGUAUUAAAAUCACAGGUACCGAUGGUUUCGAGGGAAAUAUAACUGAUGUAACAUUCACCCAAAAUAAUCCUACCGAACUCAAAGAACCUAGGGGACAGACUAUCAACCUCGCCAAUCUUGCCGGCAGUCUCACUAAUGCUACCAUCACCAAAUCUGGUACUCAACUCAAGAAAGAAACUGAACUAGAACCUGAUGACACACUAACACUCACGAUCACUAAUGCUGCUGGUAGUGGUACCACCCUCACAGGCAAAAUCACUGUCAAAAGUGAUGGUAAGAGUCUCGGAGGCAAUCUAACCCUCAGUGGUGGCAUCGCAGCAUCCAAUGUCACUCUCAGUGCUAGUGGAGGAACUCUCACCGGAACUGUCCAUAUCACCAGUCUUAAGUACGAUCUUGAUGAGAUCCAUGUCAAUCAUCAAGAUACUCAUUGCUGUUAUUGGGGUGGUAAGGUUUUUAAGUGGUCUGAUACUAAUCCUAUGAAUGAACCAUGGCACUAUCCCGUAGUUCUAGGCCCAUUUCAAAUCUGUCUAGCUGUUGCGUUAGUUUACUCACUUCAUUAUAGAGAUUCCGAUAUAUCUAGAUCUAUUGUUAAUCAACCCAAAAUGUCAACUGCACUAUCUAUUAUAUUUUAUAUGUGUAGUGAGAUACUUUUGGCUGGAUCAAAGGUGUUACCAGUACCACUACUACUAUUAGAGUAUGUGAGCUCUCCAUUGAUACCACCUUCGAGGGUGAGCUGA